CGCAAUCAAUUUUAUUUAUAAUUUUUUAGAGUUUCGGUAAACGAAAAUCAUUUGUAAAUUAAAAAAAAAUGGAAGAAACAGUCUGGUCGAACUUCGAAUUAUGAACAAACAGUCUUUUUUUUCUCCAAAGUCAACUGCGUUCUUUCUUGUACUUUCGGGAAAAUUUCCAUCCUAUUCUUUAGUUUAUAUAUAGAUUGUUCAUCUAAACGGGUGAAGAUCACAACAAUCAAGAAAGAUCUUUUUCAUUUUGUUUUGGUCAAAACACUAGCACGGAUCUAACCUCCAAUGCGUGGCACAGCACCACCUCCCCCUUCCCCUCCACCCCUGCUGAUGCGUGGAAGAGGAGUCCCACCGUCAACACCUCACCUUCCUGGUGGGACUGCUCGUGUUCCUCCUCCUCCUCCGAUGUAUGGAAGAGCACAUGGUCCUCCUCCUCCACGACCACCAUCUGGUGGUAGAAGAGCUGCAGUUUAUCCUAAAGGUGUAGGGAGAUGCCAUGGUCUUGCACGUCCUGGUUCGAGAUUUUCUUAUCUGAAAUUAGCAAGUGCCUUAUGGAACGACGACCAGAGACGUAUGAAAGGACAAAUGUAUUAAUCUUUUUUUUUUUCACUUAAUUAUAUUAAAAGCCAAAGGCCCACAAG